AUGUCGGAGGCUUGCUACUCGCCCCAACAAUCGUUCGACAACUACUUGGCCUACGUUUUCGCGUGUUCCAGUAUCUUCUCGGCUACUUUUGCCAUCUUUAUCGUUCUGACAAGGUCACCAGCGAUGAUGAAGUCAUACCGGCUCAUUUUGAUCCAAUACUUAAUAUGGUGGGCUUUUUGUUUGGGGAAAAUAGGUGACAAAAAACGGAAAAUUUCCAAUUAGCAUGGUCCUGAAUUGUGUUUGCUUGGUUAAAAUUGAUAUUUGAAAAAAAAUUGCAUUCAAAAGCGCUCAUGAGUAGUAUUAAAUGCGCAUGGAGGAGUCAGAAACGCUUCAUUUGCCUUCAAUUCUACCUGUAACCCGGAAAAAAACUUUUGAAACAAUUUUCUGAUUUUCAAGGUCCACUAUCUUCUCCUUGUCCUGCACGUUCAACGGCAGGUUCAUCUUCUACAACGAAUACAUGAUUUAUUUUAAAAAACCAUUUAUGGACAACUUUCCGAUCAGCCUCCGAGUGUCCUACGUCAUUCUUUGGGUUCCUGGAAGUGGUCAGUUUUACAAAAAUAUUGCCAGAAGUCAAAGUGGGUACUGUAGAAUAGCUUCCAAUUUAUUGAAUUUUUAGAUCUCACUGUGAGAAUCUGAGUAGAGGUUUACAUUCUUCAUCGUUGUGUGAAGUCGUAAUAUUGACUAGCGUCUUAAGUGACCACUUCAGAAGUUAAAAUAAACGUUUUGGUUUCUAGAGUUUUGUAACAAAGCCUUUGUAUGACUACUACAAGGAUACAAGUCGAGUUCCAAGCUUUAAAACUUCUAGUGAUCCCUAUCCCUAUAGUAAAGUGUAAAGAGCUUCUAUUUCGCUAAUGGUCCCUUAAGGAGGAGAAAAUUCUAAAAAUACAUUAAAAUUCUGAUCAAUUUUCCUAGAAUUGUUCUGUUUGUAAGAGCUCAAAAAAGUUUUUUCCUAAAUAAUUCAUGAUGAAAAAAACUUCUAAAUCCCUUUCCAAGAAUCUAAGAAGCUUCUUAGUGAGCUUCCAGAAGUAAAAUUAUAAAAAAAUAAAAAAAUUUCUAGCGUUGCAAACUUCGAUCGUGAGUUUAUUCGAAUGUCGGCACCAUGAAGCUCUGCCAGCUGGCCACUGCCUGAAGCUCAAAAGCCGAAUUCGAAAAGCUUUCCGGAUCCUAGUCUUCACAUAUUUUCUGUUGAGCGGUGCUCCACCUCUUUUUGUUGGCGACUUGCCGACUGACGCUUUUCUGAAGGUGAGAAACUGGAAAAUUUUGAACUAAACAGUAGUUUUGUGGGAAAAAGCGGAAGCGAAGUGUUCUGAUUGGUGGAUGGAAAAAAAAACUCCAUUUUCACCUUAAUGGAGAGAGAUAGGCCGCGAUAAAUAAAAAUUUUUUAUGCGCUUCAAAAAAUUCCCUCAAAGUGAUUAAAAAAUAAAAUAAAUAAGAAAAGCAGAGAUAGAAAGUUCGAAUUUCAACCCACAGUUUCUAGGAAAAUAACCUCCUUGUCAGGAUUCAAACUACUUAACCUUUUCCAGGACUUCCCAGAAGAGCGCUGCAACAUGGAGCAUAACCGAAUCCGGAUGAUUUCCCUGGAAGGCUGGGGCUUCCUUCAUAUCAACCUAAUCAUCGUCACACUCAGUUGUGGAAUCAUGAUAGCCGCUUUUGCCUAUCAUACGUAUAUCGUUUUGAAUCGUUACAAUUUGCUAUGGGCGGCCGAUGCUUUGAAAACGCUUCAGAGGGGCUACUUGAAGUCUCUCGUUAUUAUGGUCAGUUUUAACUUUUACAGAGAAGCGUGAAAUCAACUAGAAGCUUACUUUUACUCUAAUCAAUUUUUUUUUCAUAUCCAUCAACAGAAAGGUAAUGUUUUUAGAAGCGAAGAAAGAGUUAAACUUUUUCAAAAUUUAUUCUCUUCCUUUAUAAAAUGAAGCUUCUGAAAAACCGUACAAACUCUAAAAUUUCCACUUUUUGUUUAAAAACCAUAAUGAUUUUUUUUAUCCAUCACACGGUCUUACUGAAUUUGAAGAAACACAUAAAAUGCUCCUUUUUUGAAUUAGUUCAUUUCAUCGAAUUGAAGAAAUAGUAUGAAAAAUCAAGAGAGUUUAGAGUGGAAAUUGGAUUAUUUCGGGAGGCUCCUCCACAUUACAAAUUUUUACAAAAAACGUUUUAAAAAAUCAGUGAAGAAUUAAAUGGAAUCAUAUUUUUGAAGGUUUUUUUAGUUUAUUGACUUUUUUUAAAGAAAAUAAUUUUUUUCUCGAUUUUGAAUCCUACAAGAUAUUUGAAAAAAACCUUGUGUUGGAAACAUAUUUCAAUUAAUUUCUCGAAAUGCUUUUUUUCUACCGCAAAUCGAAGACAGAAUCUCACAAAUUUAACUACCAAAAAAAUCAAUUUUUCAGACAAUUACCCCGGUACUCUUACUAAUAUUUCCCGUCAUCGCUUUGGUCCAUUUGUGCAGCUGGGGCAACUGCCAGAGCUCAGGUAAUAUUUGAACUCGUACAACCAAAAAUACACUCUAGGGAAUUGAAAGAAUUUCAUGGGAAAGUGUUCAAUCUACGUUCAAAAUUUUCUAGCUUUCUAGCCUCAAAAAACUUAGAGCUUGCUGAGAAAAAUACAAACAGCAUUCCGUGAGAAAUAGAGAAAAUAAAGCCCCAAGUCCUGGAAAAACACUCAAGUUGAACCUUCAAUGAAUGGAAAAUGAGAAAUUUCUGAGAAAUAGCCAUAAAUAGAAUCCUGGGAGAAUGUACUACACUAUAAGAUGAUUUUCUAAUAAAACCAAUGAAAGGAGUCUUGAGAAAUGAUAAAAUCCAAUCUGACUUUAAAAAUAUGAAUCUUCAAAAAAAAGUUGAAUCUUCAAUGAUUAACCAAGGCAUAUAUGGGAUGAGCAUAACUGGCGACACAAUCAUGUGAAAUUUAUCUUUUCUUGAUCACUUGUAAAUAAGAAAAAAAAAAUCGCUUCUGCCAAUCAACUGGUUCUUGAAAAAUGGGCAGUUGUGAGUUUUUGUAUCUUGAUUUCGUUGUUAUUUUCGAAUUUAGCACCAUCGAAUUAGUCUAGUUCAGUGCGCGCCCUGAAAAUUUUCAAAGCUGCCAACCCCCCGCCCCCCCUUUAGUUUUAUUGCCAAGUCCCCUCAUAUCUUUCAGGUCCCACUGAGACUAUCCCAUGUAUGAAUCAAGAAACUUUCAAAAAAAUGAAAAAUAAAAAAAGUAAGUAUCGAUCCUUAAAUGUGAGAAUAUUCUCAAAUAUCACGUAAACGUAAAUCUCACGUCAUCUCACGUAUAAUUUUUUUCAUGAUAACCUUUUUGCCGGGGGAAAAAAAAUAGAAAUAGAACCAUGUGAAAAAUUGUUUGUAGUAGGUUAUAGAUGAAAAAAUGUUGUUAUCCAAAAAAAAUGAACUUCUGAAUAAGAAUGUAUCAAACAAACUCUAGAAACUGCGCUUCUAAACUUUUCAAAAUGUUUUUUUAAUCUUCCGACAGUCAUCAUUUCAGCUUUAUAAUCUUUUCUUUUCCAGAUUCUUUUUUUCAUUUGUUUCAUCAAAUCACUGUUCAGGAUUUGCCGGAAAUUUCGUCUUCGUGACCAAUUGUCUGUUCUCGACUUUCGGGGCGAUUACCUCAAUUUCACUGAUCGCUGUUCAUAAGCCUUAUCGGGCAUUUUUCUGUCGCGGCCGUGUUUCAGCCGCAAACCCAUAUGGUAACAUUUUCUUUUCUUUUCAAAACUGAUAUUUACCGGAAAGAAAACCUUUGAAAACCUCCUUAGUGUCUUUUUGUGAUCUUUUCUUGUCAGAAAUGUUCUUUUUGAGAAAGUUCUUAAAAAAAAAGCUUUCUUGAAAAGCGAAAUGCCAUGCCAAAAAAGAUUUCAUUUUUGGAAAAAAAGCAGCGUUUCGUAAUUUUUGGAGAUUAAAAAAAAAUGAUUUUUGCUUUUCACAGCCCCAAAAUUCCACUAGAAAUUCAUUUCCAGGUGCUUCUUUUUCUUUCAAACGAAGUUUUCCAGAAAAAAAGCUUUUCAAAAACUUUUCAGUGCCUUUUUUUGAGCAUUUUUUUCUGUCAGAAUGGUCCUUUUGAAAAAAAUGAAAAAAAGGCUAUUGAACAUAAAAAAAGCCAAAAAAAGACCACAAAGUUUCAGUCCUUUUUGCAAAAUCACGGAAAAAAAAAAUUUAUAAUCGUUUUCAAAAUUCAAAAAUAUCCCUACAAGAGCUCUUUUUCUCUUCAUCAAAAGGAGUAUUAUCAAAAAAGUCCUUCAAAAGACCUUCCUAGCACUUUUUUCCGAUUUUUUUCGGAAAUGUUCUUUUUAAGAACAUACAAAGGUUCAUGAAAAUAAAAAAUGCCAGAAAAAAGUGACUGAAAGUCAAAAAAAAGCAGGUUUUGCCAUUUUUCGACAUUCCGAAUCUAUUUUCUAUUUUUCAAGUACUUUGAAUGCUUAAAAAAAAUCUAAGAAGAAUGAAUUUCCAGGAGCUACGAUUAGAUCGAGAGCCUAUACAGCCCCGACAAUCGACCCAAAACCAGCCGUCGUGA